AUGCAGUUUCUAAAUUUUAACUAUAUCUUCGAGACAAAGAAAAAUAUCUAUUAUAUCCAAUCCAAAUCUUGAGCUCCGAAUUAUUUUUUAUUUCUUUAUUUUUUAAGAAUUAAAUUAUAAUUUUCAAUGGAAGCGGGAAGCUUCGUACGAAAUCCUAUUCCAUGGACUCCCAAAAGCCCAUUCCGGCGUCGUAUCGACUCUGCUUUCCCGCGCUCCGUUAGGGUUUCUGAUUCUGCGAGUUCGGAUGGAGGUUACAGAGGCCCAAAACCGACGAGAGAUUUGGUGGCCAAUUGGGUCUCCAAAAACGACGACUUUGUUCGGAGCUUGCCGAUAUACGUCGGAGGAACCUCCCUCUUGGCCGUUCUUUUUAACCGGACUGUUUCCGGCAUUGCUCCGGUGGCCGAUGCCAGCAGCUCACAGUCGAGAGCUGAUUUAUUGACACUUGGAUUGGCUGUAACCAAUAUUCUGAGUGGUCUGGUAUGGCUUUCUGUCAGACCCAAAACUAUUUCUAUGGUAAAUCCUAUAGGGAUUGAAUGCCAGAGAAUAAAUCCUCAGCUUCCUACUCCUGUGGUUUCUGAAUUGCUAUGGAUAUGGGAAUCUCUUUCAGAUGUUACAUGCUGCAUGUCUCUUGUAGUUGUUUAUGAUAGGAGUUGUAUCCUUCAAAUUGGUUUUGCAGCUGAAUCUUCUGAAAUUGAGGGAGAGGCAGUUUCUGUGGAUGCCAUUACGUUGAUGCAAGGAUCACUUUAUCAAGGUGUUAUGAAAUCAGGAGUGCAGAACUAUUUGGCUAACCUAUCUCUUUAUCCUGGAAAAUCCGAGCUGCCAUUUCUGCCUUUGAAUACACAGGCAGUAAUUCUGCAGCCAUUGGGAGACAGAGGGAUUGCAAUAAUUGGUGGUGACACAAUUAGGGGCUUCACGACAUCUGACCAGGCAUGGAUAUCAUUCAUUGGAGAGAAGCUGGAUGCUACUCUGGUGAAAUGUUUGGUGAACUUCUGAGUUGAUAUGCUGGAUAAAGUUUGAAAUAUCUUUGAACUUCAUUGUAACCAAAUGAGUGUUACAACAGUCAUAUCCUUGCAAGCUAAAACUCUAAAUUUCAAUGACGUAAAUUUUGCAUGACAGCUUACAUACGUGAGCGGAGAAUAGCAAUGAUCAAGAUCGUAGCUGCUGCCAGGCAAACAUCCUUGAAUAUAUAGUUUGUCUCCUCUUUUACUCUUUCCUUAUACAGUGUGAUGCUCGUUUGGCCAUGUGAUAAGCUGACUUUUGACUUUAGAAACAUAAAAAUUGUUCAAUUGUUGAAUGAUAUUUUGGUUUUAAAAAAGUUACAUUCUUUUAAUACAAUGCAGAACAAGAGCUUAAUGAUAAGCCCUGUUUUUACGUCUAUAUAUGGUUUUAUGCCAAACGGUCAAAAAGGAUUGUAUGGUAUUCUUGUAUAUUUCUAGUUUUGAGCUAAAGCAUGUCCAGUGAGUCAUACUUUACGUAUUGUUAUUGAACCAACCGUUUUGCUUGUUGAAUACAAGGGACAUAUUUUCUAUUUGCUACGUAUACUUCUA